GUGGGUAUUAGCAUGUAUCGGUUCUGGAAUUUCUACAUAUUUCGAAAUGCACCCUGAACGCAAAAUCCAAACUACCCUGCCUGUGGUGACACGACGGUGACUAAAAGCCCUCCAUGUCAUCAUCACGUGGACAUCAUCACGUGGACAUAAGCGUUGCUGAAAGCUCAGUUUUAACAAAUCUAAACAACGAAUUAGCUCUGGCUUACACUGCCAAGUUCAGUUCCACGGGCUGGACAUCUGAAACCUCUGUAUACCUUUGCUCUUGGGGGGAGAGGGAACUGAAACAUUCAUCGAGUUUAUGCUGGACUCUUGGACUUGGUCGACGUUCACAAACCCCAUCCAACUCUCCAGCUGUGCUUGCCCGUCAGGCAAUGGUAGGGUUGGGGAGGGGGUGUGAGACAGGACUGCGGACACUCUCUGAUCUCAUAUUCGGGUCACCGCUGCUGAAAACUCUCCUUGGGACGGCAAAGGUUGAUUCAGUGCUGGGAUGGAGGAGAACACAUUUGAGAUAUUUGAGGGUGAACUUGGGGUGCAGCUAAAAGAAGAACCCCCUCCCAAACCUGUCAGACAGCUCCGCAGGGCAGAUGCCCUCUCUUCCAAGAGAAAGAAAGAGGCCCCGCCGAGCCCCCGGGGAGUCCCAAGGGAAACACCCAGACCCUUGCCAUCACCUCCUGUGUUGUCCACCCAAGAACUGAGCGAUGAAGAAAACCCAUGGGAGGGGGUUACACUGAACCGAUGUUUGUUGGUGGCAGUCAUCAUUAUCGUGAUCAGUUCUGGAGUCAACAGUCUGAAUGAAACACUGGGGGCAUUCUGGGGCACUGAGGAAGGAGAGGAGCCCAUGGAGGACCUGGCUUUAACAGCUACUGGUCUACAGCAAGACGGCUCACCAGAGCAGACAGAGAGCUCUCUGUGGGACAGUCUGUUCUGGUGGAGCUGGGGGUCAAAGGAUGACAGUGGUGAUGAUGAUGACGAUGGUAGUGAUGAUGACAUCUCAGAGGUCCAUAAGGAAUUAGGGAGGGCCAAACACAGAGAGAAAUCUGCAAAACAACUCCUGAAGGAAAAAGAAGAUACAACAGCAGGGAAAAGAGAUAAGGAGAGAAGCAAAAGGCGUGAGGAGGAGAAGGUUAAGGAGAGGGUGGGAGGGAAGAGGGAGAAAGAGAAAUUAUGA